AGAAUGACUGAAACGGAUGCUACAAGGAGACCUCUUCAAAUGCCUGAGACUUUUCUGCCGUACCUUGAAAAACAUAGAAUAUACAAAUUAUUCAAAGAUAUGGUCCGAGAUUUGGUGAUACAUUUACCAAAAGAUCAUUUGAAACACAUGAAAAUAUUUGUGGGACGUCAUUUACACAGCACUACAGAUGUCGACAGGGUCAUAUUUCUGGUUUCUCCGGAACUUAAAAUAGACAUAAACAGACUCGUUCGAGAAAUGUUAAAAGACUUAGGUAUAAUUGUAAUCAGUCGCCGAUGCGUAAUGGAUCGCUACGAAAAGCAUGAUAACUACGUGCCUGGAUGUAUUUCACCAGAGCUGAUGUCGGAAGUUACGAAAACUCUGACUUUGAAAGACCCCGUGCCGCAGUCUGGAUGGCUCAUGUUUGACCACCCGUGCACUGUCCGCGAAGCGCAGUGCCUUCAGCAAGAUGGCGUAUUGCCGACUGUCACGUUACUGCUGACGCCACCACCGCCAGUGGCACCCCCCACUGUGGACCCCUGGACCCCAGCGCGGUCCUUCUUCCAGCAGGAUUUUGAGGGAUUGAAGUUUGUGUACAAGUCUACGUUGAAGGAAGUGUAUAUUGAACAAGACGAUGAUCACGAGAAGUGCGCGAUGAAAUGCUUCAACGCGAUCCGGGCGUGCGCAUCCGGCGCGCAGGGCCCCGGGCAGGGCGUGCACGCCAGCGGGGCCCCGGGAGUGUACCGCGUGCUGCUGAUCGGGCCUCGAGGCUCCGGCAGGCGCACGCAGGCUAUGGCUGCCGCUAAACAGUUUGAUUUGGUUUAUUUGGAGUUCGGGAUGCUCUUCAGCGAGGCUAAAAUGAAGAACGACGAUAUCGGGAAGAAACUCCGCAGUAUCGGAUGUAGUGUACAGAUGAGAGCUGAUAUUGUCCGACGACGUAUCGCCAUGAAGGAUUGCAUUGACCACGGUUGGAUUCUCACCGGUUAUCCGGCGUCUGGUGUUGAUUUCGAGUUGCUUGACAUGAUGCCUACUCCGCCUAAUCGCGUGAUAUUUCUCAACGUGGAUUGGAACACUUGCAAAUCUCGAGCGACAGCGCGCGGUGUGGACUGGUGUACAGGUCAAGAGCAACCCUUAGGCACGGGUCCCAGAGUGCUGCCCCGACCUGCUGACGCAGAACAGCUUGAUGCUGAGUUAGAUACGUUUUUCACUGAAUCUCUGGCUGAACUGAGGGCUGCGGCUGGUAUAACUGCUGUAGAAGUGGAUGGGAAUGAACAGAUCGAUCAAGUCCAAGUGAGGAUUCAGGCAGCGAUAAUGGCGUCGCCAUCUUUUAAUAUAGAAUAUUGCUCUCAAUUACGAAACGUUUGUGGUGAUUAACAAAAGUAUAUACUACUACUUUAUUUAGUUUUAAAAUUGUUGGAAACUUGGAAAAAAAUAAAAGAAAUGAAUUCUUCAUAGAAAAAAUGUUUUAUUAUGUACUCCUUCGUACUUCUUUAUAUUAUUUCUACAUAAUUAUUCUGCUAAUUAAGAACUAACAAUUCAGCAGUCUCAAAAACAAUUACAUAUACGAUAAAGAACACUGAGGCAGUCUCGACAGCGAGACCAGCAGAUGUAUACAGGAAACGCCUCUCAUAGAGUACAGAUUCUUCGCAAUUAACUCUAUUGCUCUAUUAAAAUUAAAAA